AUUUGCUUGGUUGAACUGAUCGGUUUGUUGUUUUUUCAUUUGAUUGAUCGUGUCUUGUAUUUAAACCUUUGGGAAGAUUGUGUCUUGUAUAAGCCUUGGGAAAGAUUACCUCCAUUGCACUGGAGACAACGACAAACGAGAAACAUCAUGGCAGAAACAGCAAGACCUCACUCGACCCAUCAGGGUCUUCUCGUACGUACGAAGGCUGGUGAAUCUACUUCUUUGCGUGACGUGGUAGAUAUCCCAGCGACAUUCGCAAAUUUGGAUACCUACAUGGACAGCGACAAGCUUUUGGGCACUAAAAUCGAGUGGCCUAUGCUAGGUCAGAAGUGUCCGAUCGUUGUUGCAGGUUCUACUGGCUCGACAGUUCUUGUUCCUGCGGAAGAUGCCCUAGCGACUUUGUCUGGUGGUAAUGCUCAUGGGGGUUCAUCAACUUCAACUAGCACGACAACAGACAAACAAGAUGCUAGUCCUUCGGCCAGUUCAAGUUCCCCAGAGGACGCCAACAAGAUCUCUCCAGACUUCGUCAUCUCGCCCAAUGAUAUGCAGUUCCGUUCAGUCACCUCUGGACCUUUAAAGGGGAAAAACAUGGGUUGGCAUGCUGAGCGGGACCUAGCAGAAGGGAC